UCUGCAGUGGCUCAUUCUUUCCUGCAUCGUCUACAGACACACCGCCCCCCCCCUCCACCCCUCCUCUGGCCACUCAUCCCAGCAUGCGGCACCUAUUCAGGGGUAAGACAGACAGUCUCUUCCCCAGACUGAAAGUGGAGCUCUGCACUGCAGCUGCUGCUGAAUGAACGCAGCGUUUCCUGCGUCUACAACCACGGUGAAUGAGAAAGAGUAUCAGCGAGACACUGCCGGCAACUGAGAGCCACUGAUCUGAAGAUCAAGCAACGGAUCAGGUGCUGCCUCAGUAUUCCUUGCUCUCUAGUUCCCUCUCUCUCCCUUACCGGGACAAACCGCACAGGAGGAUCAAGGGCAGGGAGAUACUCUGCAAGACUUCCACAACUGAAAGUCUUGUCUUUCUGUUUUGAUUUUUUGCCGGGUCCCCUGUGGCCCCUCAGACCUACAGUAUCCCACCCAAGACGUACAGCGGAGGACUUGACCAGGGACAGACAGACAGGCACAAGUGGGCAGACGGACUGACAUGGGGUUGCAAGAUAGAAGAUCAUUCUUGCACAGGUGUGCGCGGUCCGGCGAUGUAGUCCACGCCGGUCUGGUCGUCACACUUCUGAUUGGAGUGUGGUACGCUCAGGCAUUGGAGGUGAAUACAGGGAAGGUCCAUUUCAUAGAAGUGAUGAAUGGAAGUUCAGUACUCUUACCCUGCACUUAUGCCAGCUGCAUUGGCAUUAAAAACCUUUACUUCAACUGGCAGUUCAAAGACAACGGGACAUUGAUUAAGCUCUGUGAGGCGACCAUCCCAGCAGAAGGAGUAGAACCUAAUGUGAAAAUCUAUCAUGAGCGGGUGGAGUUUGUCGGCUCCAGCAAACAGAGUAACAUCUCCAUCUUACUGCAUAACGUCACCUUUGAGGACCAGGGAGAUUACAUCUGCUUUGCCCGCAACCCCAAGGAGAAGGAACGUAAUCAUAGUGCAGUUUUCACUCUUUUUGUGGUGGACGAAUUGAAAGUGGUGGACAACACAUUGACCGUCAUCAUUGUGUCCGUGCUUGGCGGGGCCAUAGGUCUGAUCAUUCUCAUCAUGGUGGUGAAAGCUGUAGUCCUCGCCAUUCUAAACAAGGUCCAGGAGAAGAAUAAAGAGUGCCUUGUGAGCUCUACAGGGAAUGACAAUACAGAAAAUGGCCUCCCGGGAUCCAAAGCAGACAGCAAACCGACACCAAAGGCAUGAAAAGAGCAUGUGUGUGUACAUAUAUGAGCAUAUGUAUACAUGCAUAACAGAAUCAUAACACAAUGAAAGAAAGUCAUAACAAUGGACAGUUUUAUUCUCUUUAUCUCAUGAGAAAAAAAAAAUGCUACCUAUAAAUAUGUGGAAAUAUAUAUUUUAGUUUGUGCUUGAGGAAAAAUACAAAGUGCUGCAGGCUGGAUCACACACACCCUUUACUGGACUGAAAGGCAUAAAAAAUAUUCAGAUAGCAGAUUAUAGGAGUGUGCUUGCAUUCUGUUCUUGUCUGUGAGACACAGCACACACACACUGCCUUCUUCACAAACUGCCAUAUCCUUUCAAUGCUCAACAGCACAAGACCCACAUAAGGAAAUGUUUGCGAUAAACUUCCAGUGCAACUUUACACAUCUUCACACUGCAUUCCAAAAUAACCUGAGGUGGAAUCUCUCACUGAGUAGUAAAACUAACUCAGAAAAAUCUUUCUGGGAAAAUACUAAACAAUUUACAUAUAAAAACCAUGGGUGCCUCUUUAAAUUGGAAUAUGUUUACCACCAAUUCAAGCAGCUAACUGAGUCUGAUUAUUAACCACUCCCACUAAUUGUACAAGUGAUUUUGAGGUCAUAAAAAGCAGGAUGCGAGUGUACAUGAAGGCCAGAAACACACUUGAUGCAAUAGCACCUCUUGUGGCAAUGCUGAUAAUACAACACAUACUUGCAGUACAUUACGAAUGACACAUUUUAUGUUUGAAAAUUAGGUUGUGUAGAGUAUUUUUCAUGCCUAAAAGUGGUGUCUAGAAGGGGUGGGGGGGGGGGGAAUAAUCAGACAAGGGGUGUAUAUCCAGCAUCCAGCCCAGCACGGUUUAUUAUAUUUAUUUAUUUUUCAGCUUUUUUUUCUGCUUUAGAUAAAACACAGGUGCCUGUAAACGCUUCAAGCUCCACAUGCUUCCUGGGAGCCUUCAAAUGCUAUAUAAAUAAAUUAAUGCUCACAUAAAAAAG